AACAGGAAGUUGUAACUAGAAGCCAUCUGAAUACUAAGCCAAGGCAGAACGCUCAUGAAGUAGCAACUUAAGUGGCAGUGUUUAUUCUGAGAUCUUCAGGCAGCCGACUGUCUUAGGCAAAUCUUGAUAGCCCUUAUUAUCCAGGUUUUUAAUCUAAGGAAUCCCAAGAAGACCGGAGAAUGGAGAGACAGCAAAGGUUUAUGUCAGAGAAGGAUGAGUAUCAGUUUCAACAUCAGGGAGCAGUGGAGCUGCUUGUCUUUAAUUUUUUGCUCAUCCUUACCAUUUUGACAAUCUGGUUAUUUAAAAAUCAUCGAUUUCGCUUCUUGCAUGAAACCGGAGGAGCUAUGGUAUAUGGCCUCAUAAUGGGAUUAAUCUUACGAUAUGCUACAGCACCAACAGAUAUUGAAAGUGGAACUGUGUAUGACUGUGGAAAACUGGCCUUCAGUCCAUCAACUCUGCUGAUUAAUAUCACUGACCAAGUUUAUGAAUACAAAUACAAGAGAGAAAUAAGCCAGCAUAACAUCAAUCCUCACCAAGGCAAUGCUAUACUUGAAAAGAUGACAUUUGAUCCAGAAAUCUUCUUCAAUGUUUUACUGCCACCAAUUAUAUUUCAUGCAGGAUACAGCCUGAAGAAGAGACACUUUUUUCAGAACUUAGGAUCUAUUUUAACAUAUGCCUUCUUGGGAACUGCCAUCUCCUGUAUCGUCAUAGGGUUAAUUAUGUAUGGCUUUGUGAAAGCUAUGGUAUAUGCUGGCCAGUUGAAAAAUGGAGACUUCCAUUUCACUGACUGUUUGUUUUUUGGUUCACUGAUGUCUGCUACAGAUCCAGUGACAGUGCUGGCCAUUUUCCAUGAACUGCACGUCGACCCUGACCUGUACACACUCCUGUUCGGGGAGAGCGUAUUGAAUGAUGCAGUGGCCAUUGUCCUCACAUAUUCUAUAUCCAUUUACAGCCCCAAGGAAAAUCCAAAUGCAUUUGAUGCUGCAGCAUUUUUCCAGUCCGUGGGGAACUUCCUGGGGAUCUUCGCCGGCUCGUUUGCAAUGGGAUCUGCGUAUGCUGUUGUCACUGCACUGUUGACCAAAUUUACCAAACUCUGUGAGUUCCCGCUGCUGGAAACCGGCCUGUUUUUCCUCCUGUCUUGGAGCGCCUUCCUGUCUGCGGAGGCCGCCGGCCUGACAGGAAUAGUUGCUGUUCUCUUCUGUGGAGUCACACAAGCACAUUAUACCUACAACAAUCUGUCGUCCGAUUCCAAAAUGAGGACUAAACAGUUGUUUGAAUUUAUGAACUUCUUGGGGGAGAAUGUCAUCUUCUGUUACAUGGGCCUGGCGCUGUUCACGUUCCAGAAUCAUAUCUUUAAUGCUCUUUUUAUACUUGGAGCCUUUCUCGCAAUUUUUGUUGCCAGAGCCUGCAACAUAUAUCCCCUCUCCUUCCUCCUGAAUCUGGGCCGGAAACAGAAGAUCCCCUGGAAUUUUCAGCACAUGAUGAUGUUUUCAGGUUUGCGAGGAGCAAUAGCAUUUGCCCUAGCUAUUCGGGACACAGAAUCUCAGCCCAAACAAAUGAUGUUUACCACCACACUGCUGCUCGUGUUCUUCACAGUCUGGGUGUUUGGAGGAGGAACCACCCCCAUGCUGACUUGGCUUCAGAUCAGAGUUGGUGUGGACCUGGAUGAAGAUCUGAAGGAGGAGCCCACCUCACCCCAGGAAGCAAAUAACUUGGAUAAAAACACAACCAAAACAGAGAGUGCUUGGCUCUUCAGAAUGUGGUACAGCUUUGAUCACAAGUAUCCUUUGAUAAUGUUGAUCUCCCAGAUCCUGCUGCCCAGCAGAGAUGAACUUCAGGCACUUAGUCACUGAGCUGUAUGCUCCUGCUCGUCAAGCAACACAGAAAGGUCAUGCUGCUUUACGUUCCAGGUUGAUUUCUCAUCUAGAAACACAAUUUUCUCCUGCCAUUGCUUUAAGUAUCUGCUAACCAAAUUUUGGUAAGUUACAAAAAUUUGACUGGAGAGUACACAAAAGGCUGCUUUAUUAUGAAAGAUAUACAGUAAGAAAAUGUCUUUUUUGGGUUCCUGGAUCUAAUUUGCAAGCUCCCAAAGUUGUUACUCAUGUGUCUGACCCACUGGCUAUAGACUGGAGGUUCUCAUGACCUCCUCUCUGGAGGAGUGGCUCACAGAACUCAGGGAAAUGUUUUAUUACUAGAUCAAUGGUUUAUUAUAGAAGAAUAAGAGAUGCACAGGGCAAGGUAUGUGGGAAAGGUCAUCUAGCUUUCAUGUCCUCUCAAAGUGCACCACUCUGCCCAAAUCUCCACAUGUUCACAAACCAGAAAGCUCUCUGAACCCAGUCCUUUAGGGGUUUUAUGGAGGCUUCAUUAUAUGGGCAUGAUUGAUUAAGUCAUUGGCUAUUGGUGAUUGAACUCCAUCUCUAGCCCCUCUCCUUUCCCAGAGGAGGAUGAGGGUGGGGGGAAGAAAUUUCCAGCCCUCAAGUCACAGGUUGGUGCUCCUGGCAAGCAGCUCCCAUCUUAGGUAGGUUCCGAAGGCCACUCAUUAACAUAACAAAUGAUACUUUUGUUGCUCUCAUUACUUGGGAAAUUCUGAGGUUUUAGGAGCUCUGUGAAAGACCAAAUCUGUAUGUCUUAUUAUAAAUCAUAAUAACACAAAAUGGCAAAUCAGAAAUGAGAUGAAAAAUGUUUUUGCUCAAACUCUGACAAUGCUGUGAGGAAUGCUUUAUAAGGAGGAAAGGGAGUAAAAGUGAAAAAAUAACUUGGAAACCAAAAAGGAAAGUGGAAAGUCACUCAAAUUUUUAGCUUAGAGCAGUGACACUAAAUUCAGAUGAUAUCAUAGUUUUUGUCUCACUUUUCACCAGGGCUUUCUUUCCAUAUGAUUAUGGACAGACUUGCAAAAAAAUGAAAGCAGAUUUACCCUGUCAGUAAUAUCUCUUCUCAUGGUAAUCUGUCCUCCUGUGCAUUCAUUCUAGAAAUUGUGUGCUACCAUCACUGCACAAAUAUAUUUUCACUUAGACCACAAAGUUUUUAUAUCCCAGUUAUGCUCUGAAUUCAUACCCAGAGAGUAGCAAACCAACCCAUUUCUACUUUGUGAUGUCUUGAUAUACCUGUAUUUCCAGAGACAAAUUAUCCACUUGGCUUUUGUGUUCUUUCUGCUGUUGGCCUAGAGCCCACCUAUGUGCCCCUCGAACUGCCUAGGUAGGCUGCUCCAGUCACCAGCAGUGUAGGGAUGAUUCCCACCUCAGGGUCAGGUUUCCUGGCCUGGGCCCAAAAGAAGUUGUUACAAAGCUGAAAAAACUGACUAUGCAGUUCGGGGCUGUUUGAGUUUCAUUUCCGUAAAAUUGCAUCAUGCAAAUGAGGCAUCAUAAAGCAUUACUGACAGAAGGAAAAGAAGAAUAAAUAAGCCUCCGUGUGCACCUAUGUCAGUCAGGAUUCUCCAGGGCAACGGAAACAGAACCAGGAGGAGUACACACACAUGCGCACACACACACACACAUGCAUAGCUAGGCAUACCCAUACACAUAAGCUUAUAUAGAUUUAUUCCAAGGAAUUGGCUUUAUGCAAGUGCAGCAUCUGUAGGACAGGCUCUCAGUCUGGAAACUCACAAGCAGGGGUUGAUGCUGCAGUCUUGAGGCAGAAUUCUUUCUCCCUUAAGGAAACCUCAGUUUUGCUCUUAAGGUCACCCAACUGACUGGAUGAGGCCCACCUACAUUACUGGGAUUAUCUCCUUAAAGUCAACUGAUUGGUGACAAGAUGGUGUCACACCUACUGAAUAAUUAGGUAGACCAGCCAACUACUGGGUAGACACAUAAAACCAAGCAUCACAGUACUCAAUUUGCAUUCAAUUUAGGCCCCAAAUUGAGACCCUAGAAAGACCCUCUUAGUUCACCGUUGGUAUCAAUAAAACAAGCCACUGUUGCUUGGACAGUUUUGUUUUCUUUUUUAUUUUUCCAUAACAUAAUUAAGACACAUAUACAUUUCCAUAACAUUUUCCCCAAAACUACGGGGAAAUAAAAAUAAUAAAAAUCAACAUUCAAUGAAU